GCUCGGGUUUCACGAAGGGGCGGGAAAGAGGAGGAGGCGAAGCAGGAGCGGCACAAAGGCCGGCCUGGGCUCCCUGGCCAUCUGCUGCUUGGGCCAGCGCUUAUAAAGGCGGGACCCUCCGGCUGGAGCCAGUGGGAUGCGCCCGAUCCCUUUCCGCGCGCCUCUUUCUGCAGCCCGCGGGCUUCGGAGCCGGGCGAUGCCCUCCGCUUUGGGUCCUGCCGGGCUGGCGCUCCUGCUGGCCAGCCUGGUGCCCGUCCCGGCGCUGUCGGGCCCCGUCCAGCCGUGCGAGGCCAACGGGAGCCUGUACUACGUGGGCGAGUGGUACUUCCUGGACAGGGACCACUGCACCCAGUGCGAGUGCACCGCCGAAGGGCCGGCCUGCGCCCGCACCGACUGCGCCGCCCUCCCGCCCGCCUGCAUUCACGUCAGCCACUACCCCAGCGACUGCUGCCCGCGCUGCGAGAGGGUGGGCUGCGAGCACCGCGGACAGGUGUACGAGCUGGGACAGCACUUCCAGCCCUCAGAGUGUGAGCAGUGUACCUGUGACGUAGAUGGCAUUGCCCGGUGCCUAGUAGCAGACUGUGCCCCUCCACCUUGCGUCAAUCCCCUGUAUGAGGAAGGUCAAUGCUGCCCAACCUGCAAGGAUGGUCCCAAUUGUUAUGUGGAUGGGAGUCAGCGCCGGGUAAUUCCUGCUGGGGAGAGUAUCUGGGUGGGGCCUUGUACCCGAUGCCGUUGUCAUGAUGGCCAAGAUGCUGGCUACUGGGAAGGGAACCGUUUAGCCAAAUGUGAGCGGCUACGGGGAUGCCGGGCUACAGCUGGACACUAGGUUUGCAUUCCUUCAAACACCAAGCCACUUCUCAGACAAUUAUUUUGCAAAUCUUUUAAGCUUCUGAUCUUACUGAAAGGUCCCAGUGAGUCCACACACAUGGACACACACACCACCCAACCCAAGUCAGCCCCCUCUAACUACAUAAAUAACAAAUCACCAAUCCUAGUAAUUCAGAUUUAUUCCCUUUCUUGUAUUGAUAAGACUGUGGGCCUCUGGACCUUCCCAGAUGACCACUUCUUUUUCGGUUACAACAACCUUUGGCAGUUUCUUAGAUUUUGUAGAGGUAUUUUCCUGUUCCAAAAUAUUGAAAUGCCCCUUCUAAUUCUGUCCCUGGCAGUAAAUUUUUGCAUUUGACCCCACCUACCACUGGAAUAUAGUCCCCAAAAACCUUGAAGUUGAAUUCAGCCCUUAAACUGAAAGGACAACCUUUGUGUCCAUUUGUAUUCACAGAAUUACCUUGUCGCUCCCAUUCCCUAAAUUCCUAUCAGUUCCAUUCCAACUCUGAUCAAACAUGCACAUAUUUUAUGAACCAAACCUCUACUGAACAGUUUCACUUGUGUGUAGUUCUGAAACAUGUGACAAUAAAGAAUUCUUAUAGUUUU